AUGGCAUCCGGCGGCGCGUCUCCCGCGCCCUCAAUCACCUCAGACCUAUCUGCAGGUGCCUUGAAGUCAGUUCGAGGGAUAGCACUCCUCAAUGCAGCAUACAAACCACCCACUGACACUGACCCUGCGUCCACUCCAACCAAGAUAUGCGUCUUCUGUGGUGCCUCACCAGGAAAGUCACCAGCACACCUCGAAGCAGCACGAUUCCUAGCCCAAGUAAUGGCAAAAGACAAUAUCCACCUGGUGUACGGUGGCGGGACUGUUGGCCUCAUGGGCGAGGUAGCUCGCACACUGGUUUCUCUUUCUGGCCCCGAGGCAGUCCAUGGCGUUAUUCCAGCGCCACUGGUGAAGUACGAGCGUGGACCGGAGAGUGAGAAGGCGAGCGACCAUGCUCUCGAGGGGAUACUACCCGACUACGAGAUAUAUGGUAAAACAACUGUGGUGCGCGACAUGCAUACGCGGAAGCAGAUGAUGGCACAGGAAGUGCUUGCUGGUGGUCCUGGCAGCGGGUUUGUGGCGCUAAGUGGAGGAUAUGGGACCAUGGAGGAGUUAAUGGAAGUGGUUACGUGGAAUCAGCUCGGGAUCCAUGAUAGAGGUGUUGUGGUGUUGAACGUGGAGGGGUAUUGGGAUGGUUUGAUACAGUGGAUAAAUCAUAGCGUGGAAGCGGGGUUUGUGGGGGAGACUAAUCGAUCAAUUGUCGGCGAGGCGAAGAAUGGGAAGGAAGCUGUGCAGCUUCUCCGGGACUAUAAGGGCUCAGAGGGGCGGUUCAAGCUUGAGUGGGGGAAUCAGUAG